CCAAAGACAAUUCAGGAAGUAGGCCUACUCUUUGGCGUUGGCCAAAGCUUGCUUAGGCUUGAGCAAAAGAUUGUGGGCGUUUCCGAAUACCAUCGACAUUAUCUAUAAAGACUCUUCUCUUACCUAUACUGGUCGCUUGUCAAGGACAGGAACACACUGAUUGACACAAUGGCAUCCUCAACCCCUUUGACCGAGGCCAACACCACCUUUACCCUGGCCUUGUUCAAAAAGAUCACGGAGGAAAACAUGUCUGGCAAUGUCUUCUACUCUCCUCUCAGCAUCUCUUCGGCCUUGGCCAUGGUGCUGCUGGGUGCACGGGGGAACACCUCCACACAGAUGUCAGAGGUGCUCUGCUUCUCUGAGGCAGAGGGACCCCAGCAGCAGGCUCUUCCAGCACUGGCACAGAUGCAGAUGCAGCAGAGGGCGCCCACCACCUUUCUGCCACCGUUUCUGCUCAAGAGGAUGGCGCUGCAACAUCAGAAGGGCGAAGAGGACAUCAACGCCAGCUUCUCCAAACUGCUGAGCGAGCUGAACAAGCCAGACGCGCUGUACUCCCUCAGUCUGGCCAACAGGCUGUAUGGAGAGAAGACUUACCAGUUUGUUCAGGAGUUCCUGGAUGAAACCAGGAAGUACUACCAGGCAGACCUCCAGUCUGUGGACUUCCAAGCCAAGGCAGAGGAGGCCAGGGUGGAGAUAAACACCUGGGUGGAGAAACAGACACAAGAUAAAAUCAAGGACCUGUUGGUACCUGGUGUGGUUGACUCGCUGACCAGGUUGGUGCUGGUCAACGCCAUCUACUUCAAGGGAAAGUGGGACGAGCCGUUCAAGAAGGAAGCCACCGAGGAGACUGCCUUCAAACUGAACAAGAAUGACACUAAGCAAGUGAAGAUGAUGUACCACAAAGCAAGGUUUCCUCUUGCCUUCAUCCCUGAGGCGAAUUGUCGGAUCCUGGAGCUGCCCUAUGAAGGCAAAGAACUCAGCAUGCUGAUCUGCCUGCCUAUGGAAAUUGAGGACGGCACCACCGGCCUGGAGAAGCUGGAAGCGAUGCUGACCUACGAGACCUUCAUGGAAUGGACCCGGCCCGACAGGAUGGGCCGGAGGGAAGUCAAUGUGGGCCUGCCGCGAUUCAAGAUGACGCAGACCUACGACAUGAAAGACCUGCUGGUCAGCAUGGGCAUGGUGGACGCCUUCGACCAGGGCCUCAGUGACUUCUCUGGCAUGUCCUCGGCCAACAACCUGGUGCUGUCCAAGGUGGUCCACAAGGCCUUCGUGGAGGUCAACGAGGAGGGCACCGAGGCCGCCGCCGCCACCGCCAACAUCUGUGUGAUGUUAUGCCUACCCCCCCGAUUCGUCGCCGACCACCCCUUCCUCUUCUUCAUCCGCCACAACCCCAGCAAGAGCAUCCUGUUCGCCGGCCGCUACAGCUCACCUUAGUGAUGGCUGAGGGUGGGGGGGGGGGGGGGGGGGGGGGGGGUGGACACGUGUCUGUGAGAGCCUCCAGUGUGAAGCGCACAGCGCUUGCCUACAUUCAUUAAGCGUUCACUUGUCUUUUAAACUGGAGGAGACCUGCCUUGAUCAGACUGGGUUGUUGCUGCAAAGCUUUGAAAUGUACUUGUUUUUAGUAUCGAGGUAACUCAUGUUGGUGGUAUAAAUUCACAUCCAGUUAAUUGUUGUGGGAAACCUUUAUUUUAAGUGUGUGAAUUUGGGUUUGGCUUACAAAGACAAAGACUAAACAAACGUACCAAAAAAUUAUGAAAUACAUUUUUGGUGGUUAGUUUCUUUGACCUUAUUCUCCAUAAUAAAUAGCUUUUUUUUAUAUA